AUGCCUUUGAAAUGGAAAACGAGCUCUCCUGCUAUCUGGAAAUUCCCAGUUCCUGUGCUUAAAACCUCCAGGUCUUCGCCACUUUCACCGGCAUACAUAUCUCUGGUGGAAGACGAAGACCCUCACAUGAAAGUGGCUCUUGUUAACAGCGAUAUGGGCUUGGCUGCCCACCUGCAGUCAUCUAAGACAGGAACUGCACGGUUUUUCACGAGCAAUACCCAUAGUUCAGUGGUGUUACAGGGCUUUGACCAGCUUCGUGUUGAAGGAUUACUUUGUGAUGUGAGCCUAGUCCCUGGAGACGGAGACGAAGCCUUCCCUGUUCACAGGGCCAUGAUGGCAUCUGCUAGUGAUUACUUCAAGGCUAUGUUCACAGGUGGCAUGAAAGAACAAGAUUUAAUGUGCAUUAAGCUCCAUGGGGUGAAUAAAGUCGGGCUGAAGAAAAUCAUCGAUUUCAUUUACACGGCCAAACUCUCUCUGAAUAUGGACAACCUUCAAGAUACACUCGAAGCUGCAAGCUUUUUGCAGAUCCUGCCUGUCCUGGACUUCUGCAAGGUGUUUCUGAUAUCUGGGGUAUCUUUGGAUAACUGCGUCGAAGUGGGGCGCAUUGCCAAUACCUACAACCUCACCGAAGUGGACAAAUACGUGAACAACUUCAUCCUGAAGAACUUCCCUGCUGUCCUGAAUAGCGGCGAGUUUGUGAAACUCCCCUUUGAACGGCUGGCCUUUGUGCUUUCCAGUAACAGCCUUAAGCACUGCAGUGAGCUUGAUCUCUUCAAGGCCGCCUGUCGCUGGCUCCGCUAUGAUGAGCUGCGGAUGGAGUUUGCUUCCAAGCUGAUGAAGAAUAUUCGCUUUCCCCUGAUGACACCACAAGAUCUCAUUAAUUACGUGCAAACUGUGGACUUUAUGAGAACGGACAAUACUUGUGUGAACUUGCUUCUGGAAGCCAGCAACUACCAAAUGAUGCCCUACAUGCAGCCCGUGAUGCAGUCAGAGAGGACCGCCAUCCGCUCCGACAGUACUCACCUGGUGACCUUGGGAGGCGUCCUGAGACAGCAGCUGGUGGUCAGCAAGGAAUUGAGAAUGUAUGAUGAGAAGGCCCACGAAUGGAAAUCCCUAGCCCCCAUGGAUGCCCCACGAUAUCAGCACGGCAUCGCAGUCAUCGGAAACUUCCUCUAUGUCGUCGGUGGCCAGAGUAAUUAUGACACAAAAGGCAAAACAGCAGUUGACACCGUCUUCAGAUUUGAUCCCCGUUACAAUAAAUGGAUGCAGGUUGCAUCACUGAAUGAAAAGCGCACCUUUUUCCACCUGAGCGCCCUCAAGGGCCAUCUGUAUGCCGUGGGUGGCCGCAAUGCAGCUGGGGAACUAGCACAGCAGGAGGGCGAAGGGAUUGCUUUGCGGCAGGCUGCGGUAGACCCCUGCCGAGGGCCCUGGGAAACCCCCCCGGGGUAA